AUGGGGAACAUCCACAGCUCCAUCCCCGCCUGCCUCCAGCACGGCAGGGAGGCAGGGAUUGAGCUGCUGCCUUUGUCUCUGUCUCGCCUCUGCCUGCUCGACGAAGGCAGCAGCCUCGGUCACGCAGAGGUUUUCUUCAGGGAGCUGCUGCUGCUCCAGGAGAUGCUCCGUAACGAUGCAACCCUGAAACGUGUGUUUGAGCCAGAUAGAAACGUGCUGCGCAGGAAAGAAUGGGAAAGGAGAAAUCAGGAGGCCCAGCAGGAGGAUGGCGCAUUUAACACAAGUUACUCCCUCUUCAGUGAACCGUACAAGACUAACAAGGGGGAUGAGCUCUCGAACCGCAUCCAGAAUACGCUGGGCAACUAUGAUGAAAUGAAAGACUUAUUAACUGACCGAUCAAACCAGAGUCACCUUGUUGGGGUUCCAAAACCUGGGGUCCCUCAAACAUCUCUCCUCAACCCCAAUGAGCAUCUUAUUGCAGACUCAAGACCACCACCUCCUCCCUCCAUUUCCAGCACUACUACUUCCACACCAGCAGCCCAACCUGCCCAACAGAGCAAAAGCACCACGAUGGGCUGGCAGAAGGCUGGGCACAACGCCACUUCAGAUGGCCCACAGAGAGCGAGCAAGCAUGGCUCACUGAGGACCACACUGGGAGACAAUGUCAACAGAGUGCAGCAGCCAGCAAAGCUCAAUGGUAGCUCGGAAGGAGGAGCUCAAGCUCAAGAGAGGCCAGCAAAACACAGUGGUGGGCACUGUGUCCAAAACUUCCCGCCCUCUCUUGCUUCGAAGCCCAGUCUGGUUCAGCAGAAACCAACAGCUUAUGUCAGGCCAAUGGAUGGUCAAGACCAGGCUCCUGACGAGUCUCCAAAGCUGAAGUUACCAGCAGAGACAACCAAGUCAUAUAGGGGAGUGCCUUCUAACAAGCCUGAUUCAACCAGGACCAAGUCAAAGAUAGCCAAAUUCAGCAUUCCUAAGCAAGAAGAGGACAGUGGAACAGGAGAUAACAGCUGCAUUGAAGAAAUAUUGCGGGAGAUGACCCAUUCAUGGCCUCCACCACUGUCAGCUAUUCAUACACCAGGAAAGGCAGAACAAAGCAAGUUUCCCUUCCCAAACAAGGAGUCACAACAGGGAUCUACAGGACACAACAAUGCAAGGAAAAGUGAUGUAGAGACAAAGAGUCAAGAGAAAAGUGCAACCCACACAUCAAUGCUAGAAGAUGACCUCAAGUUAAGCAGCGACGAAGAGGAGAAUGACCAGCAGGCAGCACAGAGAUCUGCUCUCCGCGUUCUAUCUGACAGCCUGGUGGUGCCACAGUCAAACGCCCGAGCCUCAGGACUCUCCAGCAAGGGGUCGAGCAGCAGCAGCUCCAGUGAAUCGGAGACAAGCUCGGAGUCUGACUCAGAGACCGAAAGCAGCUCCAGCGAGAGUGACGGCAGCAAAGCCUCACAUUACUCCAGCCCAGAGCCCCGCUCAGCCGCCGCUGGUGAGAAGCGCAGGGCCCGGGGGCCCAGCAAAACGGCGCCCAAAUCCAAGGAGUUCAUCGAGACUGAGUCUUCGUCCUCGUCGUCCUCCUCCGACUCGGGCUCUGAGUCGGAGCGGGAGCAGCGCCCGCUGCCCAGGGCGCCGGUGGCCAAGGACGCGGGCACCGGUGCCACCAGCAAAGCCCACGGCGCCUUUGGCUCCAUUAAUGCCAGGACUAGUAGUGAGAUAGCAAAGGAGCUGGAGGAACAGUUUUACACCCUGGUUCCUUUCGGUAGGAAUGAGCUCCUGUCUCCUCUGAAAGACAGUGAUGAGGUAAAGUCGCUGUGGGUCAACAUUGACUUGGCUCUUUUGUCCAGGAUUCCAGAGCGCUUGCCCGAAGAGCCGCUGGCCAUGAGCGCCGGAGCCAGCCAGGCGGCCAGCCUCCCGCAGGGUGGUAGUGCUGACCCCCCCACAGAGAAGGGUUUGCCGAAAUCUAGAAGGAAACGCAAGUGUGAGAAUGAGGAAGAGUGCAGAGACAUCAAGAAGACUCACUUAGAGCGAGAGAGUUCUUCACGAUUAGCUGCCUCUGCCCACAGCCUCACUACUGCAAAUCACUGCAAUAUGAAUGAAAAUAGCUUGGCAAUGCCAAUAAAUAAAAAUGAGAAAAUGCUUCGGUCACCCGUCUCUCCCCUCUCUGAUGCAUCAAAACACAAAUACUCCAACGAUGAUUUAACUUCCUCCAGCAAACCUAAUGGCAGCAGUCUAUUACAUUCCAUCUCCUCCAGCAAAAAACAUAAGGGUGAAAUCCAGUCGCAGCCACAUUCCGGAGACUUCAAUAAAGCAAUUCACGUCAAUUCAGAAAAUGUUCUUCUCUGCAAUAAGCCCCAGUCCCAAACAGAGUCUUGGUCACCUCUAUCCAGCACACCCAGGGACUGCAGAAGGACAAAGCUUAUCUUUGAUGAUAUGCCACGCAAUGCAGAUUACUUUAUGCAGGAAGCUAAACGGAAGAAGCAUAAAGCAGAUGCAAUGGUGGAAAAGUUUGGAAAGGCACUGAAUUAUGCAGAAGCAGCACUAUCAUUUAUUGAGUGUGGAAAUGCGAUGGAACAAGGCCCAAUGGAAUCUAAAUCUCCUUAUACAAUGUAUUCAGAAACAGUUGAACUCAUCAGGUAUGCAGUGAGACUAAAAACCCACUCAGGCCCCAACGCCACACCAGAAGACAAGCAGCUGGCAGCAUUAUGUUACCGCUGCCUGGCCCUGCUGUACUGGAGGAUGUUUCGACUCAAGAGGGACCACGCAGUCAAGUAUUCAAAAGCGCUUAUCGAGUAUUUCAAGAAUUCAUCAAAAGCUGCCCAGAACCCAUCUCCUUGGGGUGCCAAUGGAAAGAGCACAGGCACUCCAUCCCCCAUGUCCCCUAGCCCUUCUCCAGUCAGCUCUGUAGGAUCCCAGGGGAGCACAGGGGCCCCUUCCCCAUCUCCCAUCAUCAGCAUCCCGCAGCGCAUUCAUCAGAUGGCAGCCAACCACGUCAGCAUCACCAACAGCAUCCUGCACAGCUAUGACUACUGGGAGAUGGCUGACAACCUGGCCAAGGAAAACAGAGAUUUUUUUAACGACUUGGAUGCAUUGAUGGGACCUAUCACCUUGCACAGCAGUAUGGAGCAUUUAGUUCAGUACACCCAACAAGGACUUCACUGGGUGCGGAAUAGCACUCACUUGUCAUAAUGACUGUGUGCCAUUCACAUGGACAGAAUACCUUCAUGGAUAAUUCAGUUAUUCUGGACACUGUGCUACAGAAAUAGUCAACCACAGCAUUGAUCCAAACAAAGGUGAAUAUUUCUUCAAUAUUGAGCAAAAUCUUUCUGAGUGAAGACAUGCUUGUGCAUAUGUAUGAUAUACAAUGUCUCUUCAGAAUGAAUUGUUCUGUGCCACUCUCUAAACUUUUUCAUACACUAGAAAGAACUGAUCUUAGUGCACAAAAAAUACCCUUUCUAUUCUUGUGCUGAAAAACGAACCAAAAUCUCAUGGGUUAAUUGAACCAGGUGCAAUAAGCACAGAUCCCUAUUCAGGAAAGCUCUCAAUAGAAUCUUAACUUUAAGCUUGUACUGAAAUCCCGUUGACUUCAGCAGAGCUUAAGCACAUACACAAGGGCUUUCCUGAACUGGAAUGAAUGAGGGCAAAUAGCAGACAUGGAGAACUGUUACCAUGAGCAUGGACACAUCACAGAAGUUUCAGUAUCAAUGUGCCAUCUCCCUGUUACUUCCCCACUGGGGCACUCGGAGGAGUUGUGUAGUCCACAUUAAGUUGG